UCUCAUGAAAAAAGUAACCCAACUGUCAAAGAAGUGACGUUGGUAAAUUUAAAUUUAAACAUAGUAAGACAAGAACAACCCGUAAAUAAUUUAAUUAAUGAUCAAGCCUCUACUUCGAAUGAUAAUAAUAACACUGAUAUGAAUCUUAACGAUCAUAGUCAUUCUUUUAAUGAAGAGUUUCUUCCUUUGAUAACUAAUCCUGAAAUAGACACAUCAGCAUCUUCUGAAGUAUUAUACGAAUUUAUAGUAGAUAAUAAACUUAUAGAAAUUGUCUCUCAAGCUCAGUCAGGUACUGAUCAAAGUAAGAAUUUAAAUUUAUUAAAUUUAUCUGAUGUUUUGGAACGUAACAUUGAUGAUGAAUUAAUAUUUAAAUCAAAUGUUCUGGAUGCUGAUAAUCAAACAGAUUUUCUUGACAGUACAUCUGCUACUACAACUGCUUCUACUGCUGUUUGUACUACGCCAACUAUUGACAAAUAUUCUGAGCUUCAAAAAUGUCAAACAUUUAGUCAAUCAGUUAUUGGUAAAGAAAAUGACUCUACAUCUGCUAAUAAAAUUGAAAUCGAUGCUGGAAAUCCUUUUGACGACGCAUUUAAGAUGCCAACUAAUUAUUUACCGAAGAAAAAAAGGAUUAAACUGGAGUCAUCCGGUAAACCCAAACUACCUUCUGCUGGUACAUCUGAUCAGUGGAUGCAAUAUCACUCAAAAAAAGAAAAUGAUCGGAAAAUAAAAGAAGAAAAGUUACAAAAAAAGAAAAAAUUACAAGAAGAGAAGAAACUUCUAGCUGAAGAAAAGAAAAAAUUACAAGAUAAAAUGAAAGCAAUACAACAAAAAAUCAAAGAAGAAACGAAA